GCACGGUGCAAGCCUCUCAGUUUGCCUGUUCGAUAAAGGUCGCUGUGACCGAGAUUGAAGAUCUGUAAACACGACAUUAUGUUGUCGCUAGCCGCUCGCUCUGGGGCUUUUCCCCCGUACCUGCAAGCCACUUCGUAUGUCGUGGCCGGCCAGCUGAAACCCCUUGUUCCCGGUGUGGUUGUUAAUACUGAAAAGUUGCUGAAGAAUGUGAAGAAACCUUUCCUUUGCCGGGAUUCUUUGAUCGGGCAAAGCCCGAAGACCGGCCCAACAGUCUCUGCCAGCAUUAACGGUGCUGCCAGUGUUCGUUUUGCACAUAGUGACAUCAGAGUACCCGAUUUCUCCGAUUACAGGCGACCUGAGGUACAGAAUGCUAACAAGUCAUCGCAGGAUAGCAGUGACAGUAGGAAGGGAUUCUCCUACCUGCUAACUGGAGCAACGGUUGUAGUGUCUGCCUACGCUGCCAAGACUGUGGUCUCCCAGUUCAUCUCCACUAUGAGUGCUUCUGCUGACGUCUUGGCACUGUCGCAAAUUGAAAUUAAACUGUCUGAUAUUCCAGAGGGCAAGAACGUGACCUUCAAAUGGAGAGGGAAGCCUCUGUUUGUCCGUCACAGGACCCCAAAGGAGAUUGAGGUGGAAGCAGGUGUGAACAUGGCUGAGCUGCGGGACCCCCAGCAUGACUUGGACAGAGUUAAGAAACCCAAGUGGAUGAUUGUUCUUGGCGUCUGCACUCACCUUGGUUGUGUGCCUAUUGCUAAUGCAGGCGAUUACGGUGGCUAUUAUUGCCCCUGCCAUGGCUCCCAUUAUGAUGCAUCUGGAAGAAUAAGAAAAGGCCCAGCACCUGCCAAUCUGGAGGUUCCAUUUUAUGAAUUCCCUGAUGAGGAUACAGUCAUUGUUGGUUAGAGUGGGGGAUUUUAUCUUGUUUCCUUCCCCCUAAUAUAUGUAGCCUGUUUUUUUGUGGCAGGCUUAUUUCUGAACUGAAUUGAUUUUACCAUCUAUUGAUCCAAAUGUGUAUCGGUACAUUGGGAUAUGCUUUAAGUUCGUAAGUAAUAAAUAAAUGUACAUUUUACCUCA